AUGAAAUUCUCCUCAAUUGCUGUUGUCCUAUCUUUGUUAGCCGCAACUUCUUUUGCUGAGCCUUCCGCAAACCAAGAGAAACGCGAUGCUUCUCCAUACUAUUACUACAAGAGGGAUGCGGAUGCUAGCAACAUGAAACGUGAUGCUUAUUACUACUACAAGCGUGAAGCCGAUGCAGAACCAUACUAUUACUACAAGAGACAAGAAUUAAAAC